AUGGCUUCAGCUGUCAGUAAUUUCAAUUUAUCGCCGUCUACUUAUUUUUCUCUGAAUUUAGAGAAAAGGGCUCAUUCAAGAUAUCCAGUUAGGGGCUUAGCCGACGGAGAUUUAGCCGCGGCGGCCGCCGCCGCCGCCGCCGCCGCCGCCUUGACUUCUGAUGCUCUAAAGGUCAACGGGGCAGUCAAUGGGAUUUUUAAGGAAGAGGAGAGUAAAAGGGCUCUUACAUCUGACUAUGAAAAUGGUCAUGUGAGCUCGAUUGUCGAGGAUAAGGUUGUUGACGAGGAAAAGUUGGAACCUUUAUGGGACGAUGGAUAUGGGUCUGAGACUGUGAAGAACUAUCUUGAUUAUGCCAAUGAGAUAAUCAAGCCCGAUGAAGGCCCGCCCCGGUGGUUCACGCCAAUCUCUUGCGGCCCGCAUUUGCGGGAUUCUCCUGUCCUGUUUUUCUUGCCUGGUAUGGACGGUCUUGGACUCGGCCUUAUUCUGCAUCACAAAGCACUUGGAAAGGUCUUUGAUGUUUGGUGCAUGCACAUCCCGGUGCAGGAUCGGACCCCAUUUGAAGAACUGGUAGAGUGGGUUAGUCAAACUGUGAGAGCUGAGCACUCUUUGUCUCCAAAUAAACCGAUUUAUAUGGUUGGGGACUCAUUCGGCGGAUGCUUGGCACUUGCAGUGGCUGCUCGAAAUCCCCAAAUUGACCUUGUAAUGAUUCUAGCUAAUCCAGCAACUUCAUUUGGCAGGUCACAAUUGCAGCCUUUGCUCCCGUUUCUAGAAGCAUUGCCCAAUGAGCUUCACAUCUUAGUUCCUUACAUGUUGAGUUUUGUUAUGGGUGAUCCUAUGAAGAUGGCUGCAGUGAAUGUCAACACAUUGCAGCCCCCGACAAAAUACUUUGAACAGUUAUCUGCCAAUCUUACUGCUCUGCUACCAAGUCUUUCGGGGUUGGCUGAUAUCAUACCUAAAGAAACCCUGCUUUGGAAAUUGAAGCUUCUAAGAAGAGCAGCUGCUUAUGCUAAUUCACGUCUUCAUGCGGUUAAAGCCGAAGUACUUGUUCUUGCUAGUGGCAAGGAUAAUGUGCUCCCCAGCCGAGAUGAAGCUUGGAGGCUUUUGAGCUCAUUGCAGAAUUGCAGAAUGCGAUACUUCAAAGAUAACGGGCAUACCAUAUUAUUGGUAGGUGAGAAUUCAGAUGAUUAA